AUGGAGGCGGGGACCGAGGCGGGCGCUCCGGGGGCCGGGGCUGGGCGCGCCCGGCCGCCCCGGCAGCGACCUGCGAGGACAAGAGCGCAGCCCCUAAGCGGCUGCCCCCCAGGGCUGCCCGCGCCCGCAACGACGCCGCGCUCGCCCCAUGGGCCGCCCGGGGCUGCGGGGCCAGGCGGGCGGCAGCGGCAGCGGUUUCUCGCGACCCGGGGGCCCGGCUUCGCGCUCCGCGCUGCGCUCCCGCCGCUCGGGCCUCAGCCGCCCGCCCGGCCCCGGCUCCGGCUCCCGAUCCGGGGCCGGUUUCUAAGGCUCCGGACGGCGCCGGCAGAGUCUGUCUUAAAGCGACAGCGCGCACCGCCAGGUUCCAGCAGUCCCUGCGCCAGGGGUGCCACCUUCCCGCCGCCUCCCCCCUCCCGCGGCCUCGCCGCGCCUCACCCUCCUUCCCCGGUGGCACGCCGAGUUCUCCCUCGGCCGCACAAAAGAAACGCAUCUGGCUUGCAAGUCCCGCGCGGCUCGUGCCCACCUCAAGCCCCAAAUGACUGGUUUCGCUCAGAAAUCAACUCCUGUCUGGGCCGCCUCGAAGUUCCGAGCCCCCGGCGAGAACAGCCCGGGAUGAGUGAACGUUCACCGAGCAGGAUCCAACCGACCGGGCGCCUGCGAGUCAGCGCCAGGGCGGGGGCAGAGCCCAGGGCUCGUUCCGGCAGCUCCCAGCGGCGUCCUCAACGAGGGGCCACGGCCCCUCCUUCCCCGGCCUCUUCUCCCGGGACCCGAGCCAGGCUGAGUGACAGCAGCCUGCGCUCUAAUGGGCCCCCGGAUGCUGCCUCCUAA